UCUCAACAGAGGAUUAAGCUUACUGGAAGGCUCUGAAAAACACAAUGGGCUAUUUAAGAUUAGACUGUUGAAACACAUUAAGUUACAGGUGAUCUAAUGGCAAGUAUUUAAAUCCUGAUGUAGAUAAAUCUCCAAGAACACACACACAGACACCAUAAAUAGAGGAAAAUGAUCAUCUAUUGUUCACCCAGUUAACAAAUAUGACUGUUGAGAGGCUGAGAUGGUAUAACUUCAAUUGAAGAAUGUAUCAUUCAAUUAAGUCAUAGUUGUUUAUCUGAGAAAAAUGUCAGAACAGAAAGCAAACUGUUGCUGUACAGGAAGCCAAUGAAGUCACGGGAUUUCCCACAGAUGGUCAAAACUAGUAGUAUACUUGUAGAGGAAGCAGAUGUUGGGGAACAAGCAAGGUUGCAAGGUCUCUCAUUUCAGUGGGAGCAUCAGGCAGAAUUGGAGCAUUGGAAAGCAUGAAGUGCUAGACAAAGAGGCUUGAAACUAGAAAGCGAAUAGAAGACUGAGUAUAAAGGUCUGUUAAGUUCCAAAUUGUGAAAUUCAGCAAUGAUACACUGUGGAAAAAAAAAUAUUUGUGGUGUUGUAUGCAUUCUUAUUUUUGCAAGCAUUUUAAUCUGCUCCUGGAAAGAUCCUCAGCUACAGAAUAAGAUAACUAGAAAAAUCUUCCCCCAGGCAACAACAGCCGGUCCAGCAGGUCAGCUUUGUAGGGGAAAAUCUGCUCAAAAUGCAAUAACAGCACUAAAAGAUAACAGAACUUUUAUUAUAGCCCCCUACUUUGAUGACAGAGAAAGCAAAGUCACUCGUGUGAUUGGGAUUGUUCACCAUGAAGAUGUAAAAGAACUAUACUGCUGGUUCUGCUGUCAGCCCCACAGAAAGAUAUAUGUAUCGAAAGCAAAAAUUGAUGUUCACUCAGAUAGAUUUGGAUUCCCUUAUGGUGCAGCAGAUAUAGUUUGUUUGGAACCUGAAAACUGUGAUCCGACACAUGUAUCGAUUCAUCAGUUUCCACAUGGCGAUAUUGACCAGCUGCCAAGGUUUGAAAUUAAAAACCGCAAGGCUGAGACCUUUUCAGUUGACUUCACUGUAUGCAUCUCUGCCAUGUUUGGCAAUUACAACAAUGUCUUGCAGUUUAUACAGAGCGUGGAAAUGUACAAAAUUCUUGGGGCGCAGAAAGUGGUGAUCUAUAAGAACAACUGCAGCCAUCUGAUGGAGAAAGUCUUGAAGUUUUAUGUGGAAGAAGGAACCGUAGAGGUAAUUCCCUGGCCAAUAAACUCACACCUCAAGGUUUCUUCUAAAUGGCACUUUUCUAUGGAUGCAAAAGACAUUGGCUACUAUGGACAAAUCACAGCUCUGAAUGACUGUAUAUACCGUAACAUGCAGAAGAGCAAGUUUGUGGUUCUUAAUGAUGCUGAUGAAAUAAUUCUUCCCUGUAAGCACCCAGACUGGAAAACAAUGAUGCAUAAUCUUCAGGAGCAAAACCCAGGGACCGGCAUUUUCCUCUUUGAGAACCAUAUCUUCCCAGAAACCGUAUCUACUGAUGCGUUCAACAUUUCAACCUGGAAUACUGUGCCAGGUGUUAACAUAUUACAGCAUGUUCACAGAGAGCCCGACAGGAAAGAGGUUUUCAAUCCCAGGAAAAUGAUAGUUGAUCCCCGAAAGGUGCUUCAGACUUCAGUCCACUCUGUCCUACAGUCUUAUGGGAACAGUGUGAAUGUUCCCAUGGAUGUUGCCCUCAUUUAUCACUGUCGAGCGCCCCUUCAAGGAAACCUUCCCCGAGAAUCCCUCAUCAGGGAUACAAUGCUGUGGAGAUAUAACUCAUCAUUAAUCACGAAUGUUAACAAGGAAAUUAGUGUGACAUACCUUGUAUCAGAGAUACAUCCCUUUGGAGAUAAAGUACACCUCUUUGGCUCUGAAAGUUAACUGUGUUGGGUAAGCUACAAAUUUAAGUGCAGUAAUGAAAUUUAGAGGUGUUGCAAUAGGCAUUUAAUGCUAUGUUCUACCCAACAAUAAAUGUACUGUGUAUUUAAGAUCAUCUCUUACUCACAGGAACAAAGGUCUAUUAUUUAUGUCCUUCACCACUAGAAAAAAAUCCCACCGUAGAACGCAUACGAAUGUCAAGAUUGUGUUUUGUAGGAAUGAUUCAACUAGCAGUUGCCUUCUCUAAAAAGUACUGGUGUAAAUGACUGGAUUUUAUCAUGAUGUAAUUAUCAAUUUUCCCUUUUUUAAAAAUUUUAUUUACAUUUUGAAAAUA